UCUGAUAUAUAAAAGGGAAUGGCUGAGAAGAAGCUCAAAGCCAAGCAGCUAUGGCAUUGUACCUUCUCCCUUCUCUGCUGCUAUUAAUGACCAAAGCUAGUGCUCAGCCAAACUUCAUCUCUCACCUCUGCUUGUAUAAAACUGGUAACUUCAUACCCAACAGUACCUUCAAGGCCAACCUUGACCAUGUCCUCUCCUCCGUCACCACCAAUGGAAAGCUCGAGAAUGGCUUUUACAGAUUCUCUUAUGGACAAAACUCAGACAGAGCUAAUGCCGUUGGUCUUUGUCGACCUGAGAUUAAGCUUGACGCUUGUCAAAGCUGCCUCAAUGACUCUGUUCGCCUCCUCACAAAGCGCUGUCCUAACCAAAAGGAAGCAAUUGGAUGGUAUGAAAAUUGCUUCUUGCACUACUCAAGUUCAUCCUUGUCCAAUCAAAUGCAUAUUAGUCCAAUGUUCAGGACUCAGUCUACAAAAAACGCAACGAACACAGAUCAGUUCAUUCGAAAUCUAAGAAUCUUGUUGAAUAGUCUAAAAAACAAAGCUUCUUUAGGUGAUCAUGGUUCUCUACACAAAUAUGCAGCUGGAAAUAUGUCAAGUUCAGAGCUGGAAACAACAUACGCCCUUGUUCAAUGCCUGCCUGAUUUAACUCCACAACAAUGUGAUGAUUGCUUAUCCUCCAUUUUCAAGAAACUCCCAAGUUGUUGUAGCCAAUCAGCUGGGAUUUUUACCCCCAGCUGUUUGGUGAAUUAUAAACCAACCCGCUUCUUUGAUUCUGUAACUGAUGAUGGGCCAACUACCUCAUCAACCGUUCACAAAUCUCGUGCAGUAGGUAUGUUUCUUUCCUUUUGUUUAUCUUCACAGAGCAGUGUGAAUUCUGGGCCUAACUCAGGUUUUUGCAGGCAAAAAGAAUGGGAAGAACAAAGUUCAUAUUGUGAUCAUAAUGGUUUUGUCAGUAGCUUCUUGCUGGAUUUUGAUAAUCUGCAUCUACAUGUUUCUGCAAUCCAGGAAGAUUGAGGAGAGAGCUGAUAGUAUUUAAUCUCUUUUUGUUCUUAUAUUCAAUUCAUUAUAUUAUAUUACUUCAAGAAAGAAGAGAAAGAAAUGAAAGAUUGACUUAGAUUCCAGUGAACA